CACUUUCGCGAACCUUCAUACUUCCGCGCAGCUUCAUUUAUCCUACCUGUAUUGCUCUCUGCCAAUAAUUCUCCUCUCUCGUACCCAAAAAGUCGUCACAUUUGUCCCUACCUACAAUGACAUCAAAAACACCAUUUGAUAGGAGAAUAAAGAACACCAAGAAACCUGCCUCCCAUCACCCUUCAGACCCACCAUACAAGCCACCCUCGUGUGCGAGACAGUAUCGGACAUCAAGAGAAAAGCUGGACCCCUCCACAAUCCGGGGAUCACCGCGCUUUCCAAAUCCUGCAAAGGGCGAAGAUUCUCAGCCUACCGAGACGGAUAAUACCCAUGAUGCCGCCACUAAAGACGCUGGUCUUACCAAAACGGAUGACACUGAUCCCACCGGGCCUACGGCUGCUCAUCCGACUGAGACCGGCGAUGCUUAUCACUCUGAGACAGAUGAUGCCUGCGAUACUAAGACUGAUGUUAUGUCAAUGACACCUGAUGAGAUCAAUGCGCUGAAGAAAGCGCACCAGAGGGCUCAAGAGAAGUUUCGACAGACGAAGGACAAGUGCCGUAAGUUGAAGGAACAAUAUCGAAAGAUGACUGAACAACCCCAAAGAACCAAGAAACAGCGCCAAAGAAGGAACAUGCAAGAUAAAAAGAGAAAUAAAAAGUACCGAAAGAUCAGGGAACUAUACCAGCAUGCGAAGCAAGGUGUCCGCCACAUGGAAGCCAUCACAGCUGACACACUGCACAAAUACGAGUAUUUGGCCGCCCAACAUGGUGACUGGGGCUGCAUGUCAGACCAGAUGUAUGAAGAAGAGUUUUUCAGAAUGUUUCUCUCCUUGAAAACUUGGGCGGCAAAUUAUGCUUAUGAAGAAACCACGGUCUUGGGAAGCCUUCCAGAGAGCUACAAGAAAAACCUCGUCACAAGCCUGGAUGGCUACUGCGCUCAAGUAGACAUGAGCGAAAUACUCUCUGGCGUCAAGCUGGGUCCUGUAUUUGGGUUCGAACUUGUCACCAUGUUUCUUGUCAAAGAUUGUCUUGGGCGGUUCUUCAGAAACCCCUUCUGGUAUAUAGCCCCCCAUCCAGGACAAAGUACCGAGUAUGACGAGGAAAUCUUACCGGAGGCGACUCACUGCGGUACUGUACUCUUUGAGUUACUUAAGGAUUUUGACAAUGAUGGCCAGCGAGCGUUAUUGGCUCAAUCCUGGCGUCUAUGGACAGCCCGUCUUUGCAAUAUAAAGGUAAUGGAUCGCCCGAACGACUUCGCCGAAAGAAUGAUGUCACGCCGAAAACUCAUGGUCGAAGCAAUGGUUGCGCAAGUUCUGGAUCACGAGCUAUUGAAACCGCUCCUUAGACCCCGUGCGGACGGAAAGAAGGCUGAGUUUUCCAAGAGAAUACUGGAUGCAGCAUAUCUUAAAGCCGCGGAGCUCUCUGUGAAGCUCUCAAUGGAUGAUCAUUACGUGGAAUUCCGGAACUUGCGCGAUAUCGUAGAGGUCUACGAUCCUUCCAAUACAGAAACCAAGUUAAACCACGCCUACUAUGGAGAGUGUGAUAACCUGAAGGGUCACCGGAUAUUGUGCAUGCUAUUCCCAGCCAUUUAUGUUUGUGGGGGGUUUGCCACUCCUGACUACCGAGAACUCAUUACCAAAGCAGAUGUGUUCUUAGAAGAAGGAACUACAUCUACGGAUAAUGACUCAACUGAAGGUGGGAAGAACUAA